CUUCUCUCUGCUGUCGGAUAUUCACGGAGCGGGGCAGCGUCAUUGAAUUUCAGUCUCUUCAGUGUCGGUCUACUAUAUGAUUGUUUUAGAGACUUCUGGCAGCCAAGUCUUACAGCGAAGCUGCUAUGCAAGCACCUGACUGCCACACACCUCACUCCAGAGAAUUUGUUGUCAAAUGAUGUCUCUUUGCUGGUAAAGCAGGCGCUCUCCUACAAGGAUGAAGGCCGGGAAAUCCCAGAACUACUUUGGGCUGAGCUCAUUCAAGAACGACUGUCAGAAGUGGACUGCGUGAAAAGAGGUUGGCUUCUGGAUGGGUUCCCACAAACACGUCAGCAGGCAUUAAUGCUACAGAUGACUGGCACAGCCCCUGAUCACGUAGUGGUUUUAGAUGCUCCUGAUGUUGUCCUGAUAGAAAGGAAUAUGGGGAAAAGGAUUGACCCCACAUCUGGAGAGGUGUACCAUACAUCCUUUGACUGGCCUUCUGAACCCGACAUCCAGAAGAACUUGGUGGAACCAGAAGGAAUUUCAGAGGAAGAGACAGGAAGGCGGCUGCUGGAGUAUCACCGGAACAUCCCGGGCAUUCUGCCAACUUUCGCUAAGGUCUACAAAGUGUUCAACGCUGACCAGCCUUGCAUGGAUGUCUUCUCACAAGUGCUGACAUUUGUCUUAAGCCGACCUCGCUCCUUGGCACCUCACACACCGAGAAUUCUGCUAUAUGGACCACCCGGAAGUGGGAGGAGCCUACAAGCGGCAUUGCUGGCAGAGAAAUAUGGCCUUGUCAACAUUUGCUGCGGUAAGGUGCUGAAGGAAGCUGUCGCCAGUGAGGCUAAGCUUGGCGAGAUCAUCAAGCCGUACAUUGAGAACGGACAACAAGUGCCUGACAACCUUGUGUUGAAGAUUCUCACAGAACAUCUAAGCACACUAGAGGCUGGCACGCAUGGGUGGGUGCUUCAUGGGUGCCCAAGAGAUAUUGAGCAAGCCAGUUUGCUGUCUGAUGCCGGCUUUGUGCCCAACAAGGUGUUUUUUUUGGAUAUCACAGAUGACGCUGCCAUAGAGCGUCUCUCUUUACGUAUGACAGAUCCGGUGUCUGGAGAGAGAUACCACAGUCUGUACAAACCAGCGCCAAGGGCAGAAGUGCAGGAGCGACUGCGGCAGAAUCCGCGAGACACGGAACACAGGCUCCAGAAGAAGCUGGACAUGUAUCACGCCAAUGCAGAAGAGCUUCAGGAGUUUUAUCAAGAUGUCAUUCACAUAAAUGCAGAUCAAGACCCCUACACUGUAUUUGAGUUCAUCGAGAGCUGUAUAGUUAAACCCCUUCCCAAGAGAGUCCCUGGGGAUCUAACAGCUCCCUAAUCACACUCAGUAGCAGACACGGCAGUAACUGAUGGUUUGGGUUAUCCGGUUGUGCCAUAAAGGUGCUUUUAUACCAGCAGGGACAUGAAAACCAAAAUUUGUCUUUCAUGAUUCAGAUAGAGAAUACAAUUUGUAAAAUGUUUCCUAUUUACUUAUAUUAUCAAUUGUGCUUCAUUCUCUUGUUAUUCUUUGUUGACGAGAUAUCUAGAUAGGUAGUGUGCACAUGUCUGUAGAACUACAUGACAGGAAAUAGUGCUGCCCUCUAGUGCUCUUGCCAAUGUAUAACAUUAUUAUAAAACUGCUGCCAUAGUACUGCAGACACGUGCACACUCCUGAGCUUACGUCCCUGCUUUCCAACAAAGGAUAACAAGAAAAUGAAGAAAAUGUGAUAAUAGAAAUAUAUUGGAAAGUUGUUUUAAAAUUGUAUGUUCUAUCUGAAUCAUGAUAAAAAAAAUGGGUUUCAUACCCCAUUAACUAUUAAGCCACUUGUGAUAGCCAGGAACACCUGACCUGCACAUCCAGUUGUUGCACUGAAUCAACAAAAGAAGACAACAAUUAGACCAUAACUUGUAUCUAAACUGUCGCUUGCUCUUUGUUUUUCUGUCUAAGAGCUAUUGUGAUGUUUGUGCAGGGAGAUCUGCUGUGCCUUUGUGCUCACUUUAUCAAGUCCUGUGUCUAACCAGAGGGAAAGUCCCAGAAGUGUAUUUGUAGACUGGAGAAAGCGAGACCAAGCACCACAGAUUCUGUGCAGUAAUCCCUGUGAAAAUAUAGGUGGGAGGAAUGAGCAGAAAGGCUGUAGAAUAUGUCUCAUCAGAUUAUUCUAAUGUCUUGUUAACCCCUGAUCCGUGAGCUGUGACCGCAGAACGUUGCAUAGCCAAGGGUUUAUGUAUCCUGUUACUAUACAGGGGCUUACGGUUAUAUUGCGCCAGCAUCCUACACAUACACCGUGUGCCAUGCAGUGACGUCUAUGAGCUUCAUUUAUUCUGAUGAUUAAUAUUCUGUCUUUUAGUCUGCUCUGUGCAUAUUAGUUCCCCUUGAGUGGUGAGGGGAAGGUCUGGCUUUAUUUCAUUGAUAUGCAUUCAGCUUGUAGCCUGGGGUCAGAGUUCAGCUCCCUGUGGGUAUGUAGCAGGCCUAGUGUACAUGGAGAUGUUAGCAGAACAUGCUAAUACACUUGUAUGACUCUCCCUGUGCUACAGUCAGCUCAACUGCCAUUCAUUUCAUUACCGCAAACCAGCAGCUCAGAGACGGACCUUGUAAGGGCAAUCAGCUAGAUCACAGGAACACAGGCUCCAGCUGAUCAGUAGCUUUACAAACAAGAACUAUAUAACACAAUGAUAGCGGUCUCAUUAAGAAUUUAGCUUUUUGUUGAUCUAACCUCAGAUUUGCAUUCUAUUGUAUUAGUAUAUAACUGACAGCCCAUGUAGGUUUCUCAUGCACCCUCUCACCCAGUCCUAGGGAGCAGCUCAGGAUGUGCCAUUUUUAUUUCCAAAACCUAAAUCUUCUAUGUCUUGUAUAAGCAGCACAUCUACCAACCUUUUAAUGCCCUGUUUUAUCUUUCACACAGUGCAUUAUAACACAGACGUUUUAAGGUCUUGUGCGGCCUAUUGGAGAAUUCUAAGGUUCCAAAUGUGGAAUCUGACUGUUUUUGGCUCUUCUGUUAUAUCUGCUGCAAGAUGAUUCCAUCUAUCAAUCAUCUAUAUAGGAGAAUUUUUUAAAAAUAUUUUUUGUUUAAUUCUUUGUGUAUAUUGUUUUAUUUUAUUACUACAUAUUGUAGGAACUAUAUCAACCUCACUGAAGUCAAAGCUGAAUAAAUGUAAUAUUCUGAUGAAACCACCAACAAUAUAUAUGAAUUUGUUCUGCUUUACUCUGAGAUCAUCCAUCCAACAGCCUUUUUAACUGAAAACGGAAGCAGCACUUGGAUGGUCAGACUUAAAAGAUGACAAAAAGACAAAGGCGCCUCUUGGUGUAAUACAGUUGGUGAAAGCCAACUGUAUUAUACAUGUCAGCAACAUGUAUAAAAUGUUAUAGAAAUAAAUAAUUAUGUCACAUGAAACUACAAUACAAAAUUGCGCAUCAGGCGCCAUUACAGCUGUACUAUCCACUAGUUUAUACAUGUUGCUGACACUAUUAUAGAUAUCGUACUUUAUAUUAUGUCAUGAUGGUUAUUUGACUUGGACAUACUUAUACCGGUCCAGUAUUGCACUAGAUAGAGUAACUGUUUGGAGGUCAAUUCUCUUUUUGUAGAUAGACAUUGUGCAAUCCGUGAACCGUGUUUGGUAUAUUUCUGCCCAAGUUUUCACUACUCAUUCGUACUGCUUUUGCAAGUAUUGUCUAAAUGGUGCAUUUUGUGGAUUAUACAGCCUUCUUCCAUUUGUGUGCUUUUUAAUCUAAGUUUUAUAUACUACUACAGCAGUAGUUUUUCUUUCUUUUUAUAUAAUUAACUAAUAAAUGUUAAGUUUUAAUCACA